AUGGCCGUUCUUGAAGUAGCUGAAACCGGCAUCUCCAUCCAGAUUUCGACUAUGUUAAACACCUACAAAAUCCCACAGCUUCAUUCUUUCCUUCAAAAUUCUCAGUUUUACAAUAAUUCCAUCGGAGUGUUAUAUCUGGAUGAGAAUGGAGAGCUGGUGGCAGAUCUGGAUAUGGUAAACUGGUUGAUUUUCACCAAUAUGUCUGUUUUCCCAGUGAAAUGUGGGAGUCUAGAAAGACAGGGAUGCUUGGAUUUCAAGUUCAUGGUCAACCAGAAAGCUAUUACAAGCAUGGAAGUGCUGAAUAAGCCACUGCCUCCUUCCAGGUGUGUGCAAAGCUGUCAUCCUGGAUUCAUGAAGGUGGCUCAGGAAGGGAGGCCCAUCUGCUGCUAUGACUGUCGUCCUUGUGCAGAAGGAACCAUCUCUAUCAUGGAAGAUGCACAAAAAUGCACCAAGUGUGUAGAAGAUCAGCAUCCAAACAUCAAACGUGUUCACUGUAUUCCCAAAAUUAUAAACUACCUUUCUUACAAAGAAACUCUGGGAAUCAUUUUGGCUUCCCUUGCCUUGUUCAUGUUUUUAAUCACAGGCUUUGUUUUGGCAAUCUUCAUUAAAUUCCUGGAAACUCCAAUAAUCAAAGCCAACAAUCGGGAUCUCUCCUAUAUCCUCCUGGUCUCCCUUCUGCUUUCAAUUUUAACCUCCUUCCUCUUCAUUGACCAGCCAACAAAACAAACCUGCCUUCUCCGACAAACAGUUUUCAGCACCAUCUUCUCCAUUGCCAUUUCUUCAAUCUUGGCCAAAACAAUCACAGUGGUGUUAGCCUUCUUGGCCACUAAACCAGGAAAUAAAGUGCAGAGAUGGCUGGGGAAGAGCCUGGCCAACUCCAUUAUACUUUUUUGUUCUGGUAUCCAAGUUAUCCUCUGCAGCAUCUGGUUGGGGACUUCUCCCCCUUUCCCUUAUGCUGAUAUGCAUUCUCAGUCUGGAGAGAUCCUUCUGCAGUGCAAUGAAGGAAAUGUUGCCAUGUUUUACUCUGCCCUUGGUUACAUGGGCUUCCUGGCUGCCAUCUGCUUCACAGUAGCUUUCCUGGCCAGGAAUUUGCCUGGGGCUUUCAACGAAGCCAAGCUAAUCACCUUCAGCAUGUUGGUCUUCUGCAGCGUCUGGGUCUCCUUUGUGCCCACCUACCUGAGUACCAAGGGGAAGUACAUGGUAGCUGUGCAAGUCUUCUCCAUCUUGGCCUCCAAUGCUGGGCUGGUGAGCUUUAUAUUUUUCCCCAAGUGCUACAUUAUUUAUCUAAGACCAGAGCUGAAUACAAAAGAACAUGUGAUGUCAAAAUAA